UAGCUCCGUGCCCUGACUUGAGCUCUCUCUCCCUCUUAGCCUCAGAGAUGAGUCUGUCCAUCCCAGCCGUAGGGCUCAGCGGGAUAAAAACAGAACUGGGAUACAUUCUGACACCGGGGCUCUGACCUCUGUUGGGAAGCGUGGACUUGAGCCGGCUCUGGUGCUGCUGGCCUGUGGGACACAGGGAGCAUUGGCUCCACGAUAAGAAUAAGUACUCGGCUCCUGGCAGCGUCACCGUCAUGGGGAAGGACUAUUACAAGAUUUUGGGCAUCCAGAGCGGCGCCAAUGAAGAUGAAAUCAAGAAAGCCUAUCGGAAAAUGGCCCUGAAAUAUCACCCCGAUAAGAAUAAAGACCCUAAUGCUGAGGAGAAGUUCAAGGAGAUUGCGGAGGCUUAUGACGUCCUGAGUGACCCCAAGAAACGAGCCGUGUAUGACCAGUAUGGGGAGGAAGGUCUCAAAACUGGAGGUGGCUCUUCAGGUGGCUCAGGGAACACCUUCCACUACACUUUCCAUGGAGACCCCCAUGCCACCUUUGCUUCCUUCUUUGGAGGCUCCAAUCCUUUCGACAUCUUCUUCGCCAGCAGCCGCUCCCGGAUGUUCAAUGGCUUUGACCAGGAAGACAUGGAUAUGGAUGAUGAUGAUGACCCUUUCAGUGCCUUCGGCCGGUUUGGCUUCAAUGGCAUUAAUGGGGUUCACCGGAGGCACCAGGAGUCCCUGCACACACGGAGGAAGGUCCAAGACCCACCUGUCAUCCAUGAGCUCAAGGUGUCCCUGGAAGAGAUCUACCACGGAUCCACCAAGAGGAUGAAGAUCACUCGCAGAAGGCUCAACGCUGAUGGCCGGACCAUGCGGACUGAGGACAAGAUCCUAAACAUUGUCAUCAAACGGGGUUGGAAGGAGGGAACCAAAAUCACAUUCCCCAAAGAAGGGGAUGCCACUCCAGACAACAUCCCUGCAGACAUUGUCUUCAUCCUCAAGGACAAGCCUCACUCGCACUUCAAGAGGGACGGGACGAACGUGAUCUACACGGCAAACAUCAGUCUUAAAGAGGCCUUGUGCGGCUGCACCGUGAACAUUCCCACCAUUGAUGGGCGGGUGAUCCCGCUUCCCUGCAACGACAUCAUCAAGCCAGGGACAGUGAAGAGACUACGUGGGGAGGGGCUGCCCUUCCCCAAGGCCCCCAGCCAGCGAGGAGACUUGAUCGUGGAGUUCAAAAUCCGCUUCCCGGACAGAAUAGCUCCCCAGACAAGACAGAUCCUCAAGCAGCACCUCCCAUGCUCCUAGAGCCCGGGGACUCUCCUCCAAAGCAGCAAUACUCCAAAUGCAUGUGCCACAGCACCUGGCCUUCACAGAGCCAAGGUGCCACAGCACUUUUAAAUGCAAAAAAAACAAAAAACAACCCACCCCUCACACUACUUCUCCCCCAAAAAACCCAUCCGACUCAUCCCCAUCCAACCUUCUUGGCUGGUUUUUUAGUCCACCAAUGGGGAGACUCCUGUCUGCCACAGCUCUCCCAGCUGCCAAAACUUUUCUUUCUCCCCAGAGGUCCAUUUUUUUUGCCUCGCAGGAGCGAGAGCCACGGGCCCUUUGCCCAGGGAGGUGCGUCGUGUUGUGGGUUUUUUAUGUCACCUGCUUUUCAGGCCACUCUUCCCACAAGAAACUGGACUUGUCGGGGUCCAGCGCUGUGUAAAUAGGACUCCACAGGAUCUGGCAUCCCCGCUGCUGGUUUUUCUCUUCCCCUCUUUGAUACUUGCUGCUGUUUGGGGUCCCGGCUGUACCGUGGUGCCGAUCACUCCUGCCUGCGGUGGCCUCCCCAGUAGCCAGACAAUUUCUCACCUGGGGCCACGGUACCAAGUCCAACCGUGGUCCACUCUCCUGUGCCAAGCCUACACCAAGCCUCGGCUGUGCCAAACAACGGAGCACAUGGGGAUGGUCCAUCCAGCCUCCUGCCCCUGCCCAGGGAUGUCCCCAGUGCCCGUGGGCAGCACUUGCCUGCACCUGCUGUGCACACAGGGCCCCAGCCAGCAGGAGGAGGGGGGAAAGCCCAGGGUGGAGCUUUCUUUUUUCAGAUGUGUUGAGUUUGCAUUGCUGCUUUUAUUUUUUAAAUACAUAUAUAUAUAGAGCUCAUUAGAUAAACUUCGUAAGGGUUUUUCUCUGCCUGUAUUGGGGAUACUGGCCUGACGCACCCAGGCUUUUUUUGAAAGGGGGAUGAUUCAGCCACACGAACAGCAAACCCCCAGAGUGGGGUUGUGUGUGCGUGUAGCACUAAUCUGGGUGCAAAAGCAGAGCCAAGCGUGAGCAGAGCUGUGGGUUUCACUAGUGUUUCAGGUCAAAUUAGGGAUUCUAAUAAGAAGAGAGAGGCGUGUGUAUAUAUUUUUCUACAGGGACAAUUAAUUCAGGAGGUGUUUCUGGACAUCAGGGCAGAGCUGGGAGGUGCAUGAGGCAGUCUGUUUAGUGGCUCUGUUUUCAAAUACUGUAUUUUUUUAAAAUCUUUGGAUUUCCAUCAGGAGAAUUUUUAUAUUUCUUACCUUUCUCAGCCCACUCUGCCUCAUGCCAUUUUUUUUCCCAGGAAAGGGCUGUUAUGGAGCGGGAGGUGCAUUCAACCUGGCUUUGUACAGCUCCUCUUUCACCACAGCACUGCCAAGAAAACCCCUGCCAAAAUAGUCUCCCCUGCCCCAGGAAUCUUUUUUUUUUUUUUUUAAUUCCUUAAAAAAAAAAUUUACUGACUUGAAGCAGGGGGUCCCUUGGGGUGGGGGGGCUGUGUGUGGGGUGUCCGUGGGGCUGGGGGCACAGCUGUACAGCGUUACCCUGUGGGGCAAGGAGACCUGUGAGGCGCUGCUGAAUCAAUCACCUGCUUUGGCCAGCGAGGGGAGGCCACUGUUCCCUCCACUGGUCCCUGUGGAGUUCAGUGUGGAGAAAUGUGGUGGACGCCGUGAGCGAGAAGACAGGCCAGCACGCAGAUGCAAGCUGAUUUGUUUUUCUCGGUUUCAACGAGACCUGAAUGUUUUAUAGUGGGGUUUUUCUUUAUUUUCUUUUUUUUUUUUUUUUU